AUGAUCGCUCGCAUCCCGUACCCCGUCACGCAACCCAAGUUCUACGCUGUUGCCAGUGAGGUUGCCACGAUGGCCUUCCUCCGUGCCCAUGACCUGCCCGUUCCCAAGGUGUACGGCUACUCUCCUACGUCAGACAAUGCUGCGAAGACCGAGUACAUCUUCAUGGAGUUCGUGAAGGGUACGAAGCUCACCGACCUGUGGAUGCAGUUAAAGGAAACGGAUCUCGCCUCCGUCUUGCGUCAGCUUGUUAAGCUCGAGUCCCACAUCAUGUCGAUCCCCUUCCCGGCUGGUGGAAGCCUUUACUUCGUCGAUGACUUGGAAAAGGUAGCAGGGGAGAAGACGGGCAUCCAGAUGUCGCUCAAGGGCAAACACUUCUGUAUCGGUCCAGAUGUCAGGUUGCAUAUGUGGUAUGGGAGGAGAUCGCAUCUCGAUGUGAACCGAGGACCCUACGAAAACGCAGAGGCAGCACUCGCAGCAGCCGCACGCAAGGAGAUAGCGUACCUGGAACGUUUUGGUCAACCUCUGCUCCCGUUCCAGCGCGGGAGAAGGGAGGCGUACAAGUACGAGAAGCAGUCGCCUCUGGACCACAGCAAGAAUCUCCAACGCUACCUUCUCAUGGCCUCUUCGCUCAUUCCCAACAACCGAUCCCUCCGAGCAUUCUGCAUCCGUCAUCCUGAUCUCCAGCCGAGCAACAUCAUGGUGUCAACCUCGCCAGACUCUGGUCAGCUGGAGAUUAUAGGCCUGCUCGACUGGCAACAUGCUCCCAUCCUGCCCCGCUUCCUCCUCGCUGGUAUACCAGAUCGACUUCAGAACUACGAUGACCCGGACUCGCGGAACCUCAUCCCACCGUCAUUUUCACUGAAUGCAGACAAUAUGGAAGAAUCCGAGCUGAUGGAAGCCGUUGGACUCCACCACGCCCGUCUCGUCCACUUCCACUACGCCAAGGGCACGGAGGAGCUCAACAAUCUUCACCAUGACGCCCUAUCGGACUCGGCGUCUAUCUUCAUCCGUCGCCUCUUCUACCAAGCUGGUGCUCCCUGGGAGGCUGAGACCCAUGACCUCAAGGCUCUGCUAGUCGAGGUGACUGAGAAGUGGGGGGAGCUUGCGGGGGCAGGCGUUCCGUGCCCCGUCGAGUUCGAGCCUGACGACGUGAGCAGGACGAAGGCAUUUAGUGAGAGGCUGCAGCUGGCCGACGAGAACAUCCAGAACAUACGAGGCAUGAUCGGUUUCGAGACGGAGACGUGGGUCCCUAGCGACCAAUACAGGAAAGCCAAGUCUCUCGCCGAGCUGGUGAAGCUGAAGGUUUUGAUGGAGAUUCCGAAGGGAGAGCUCCGAGACAAGACUGAGGCGAAUUGGUUCUUGGACAAUAUGGACGAGGAGGAUUACAUGUAGUUUGUGGUUCGCUACACCGCCAGGACCUCCUUCAGGGUCAUCUCAGCUUCCAGCAGAUGAUACAGGAGUCGUUCGAGACUCACAC